AUGGCUUCCUGCAUCAGCUUCAAGUCCCUGGCUAUGCUUGCUCUUGCACUGGUCGUUUCUGUCCAAUCCGCCAUAGGAAAGCGGUGCAUACUAGAAAAGCAGGUGAGGAGGAGCGGCGAGGAGGCCUACACAUGCCGGGCAUCAGAGAUAGCGGCCGACCAGUUGAAGGACUGGGUCGAGACCGAUAGCUGUGUCGAGGCGUGCGGACUCGAGAGGACCGCCCUUGGCAUCUCAUCCGACUCCCUCCUUGAGCCUCGAUUCACCCAGAAGCUUUGCUCGGCUCAGUGCUACCACGGCUGCCCCAACAUCAUUGACCUCUACUUCAACCUUGCCGCCGGUGAAGGUGUUUUUCUUCCGAAAUUAUGUGAAGCACUGGGGAAAGAUGCGCGUAGGGGAUUGGUAGAGGUGAGAAGCUCUGGAUUGGUUGCACCGGGACCAGAAGCCAUCCAUGCCGAGAGGUUCACCAUUGCCCCGGCAAUAUCUCCUUCUUACCCUUAA